UCUUCCUUACCCAUCUUUCCCAUCUCUGGUUCAAGCGCAAUAAUGUUAGAGUCAUUUCACAGAAAAUAAUUUAUGGAUCCCAACUACGGAGGCGGUCUGGAUGAACAAAACUGGCAAUUUUCUGUUGAAGACUUUGAAUCCCUCUAUGAGCCACCUCAGAUCCCAGAUUCAUGUGAUCCUUGCGAUUCGUUGAAUGCUUCUCACUUUCAAUCUGGGGAUCUCGGCAGUCAGUCCGUAACCGGAACAGAACUCCCGGGCUUCCCACAAGGCCCUAUUUCAGGGUAUGAUCCAGAUUUAUCUGAAUUCUUGGAUCCGGCUGGAAUAAAUCAAGACAAUCAGGCUAUAGCAGGAAGACCACAGCCCGAUCUGCCACAAGGUUAAUCUGAAAAUUUUAAUGAAUUGAAUUGCUUGAAUGGGUUUCAAUUCGGAGAAUUCGGCAAUCAGGCAAUAGAACAACUGGAUGCACCACAAGGCAUUUUACCAUACUGAAAAUUGUUUUGAAGUUAAUUUUUAUCUGACUGCCAAAAGUGAAGGCUGAUGCACUGAUCUUUUGCUCAUUUGUAAUACAAACCGAAGUCCCUCCAACUGCGAGGAAUGCUUAUGAUCUUUAUAAGGUCAAUGAAGAACUCGUAGAAUUGGGAAGAGGUUUUGAUUGCACGUUGAAAAAGUUUUUUGAAAUUAUUUCCUGAUAUGACGGUCAAAAGAAAAGGUUGAUAUUUUCAUCUUUUGCUUGCUUACAGCACGUGGGCGUUCGAAUUGUGGGUUAGAAGGGGGGGAUCAACUUAUGGGAAUAGUGAAUGGAAUUCAGCCACGGAUAUCUCAUCCACAUGUAGGUCAACCUGAAGGCAGUCAGGCUGCAGUUAGGGGUCAGGACCAGCUUGCCCAAAAACAAGAGAGAAAACGAGAGGUCGAUAGAGAAUACAGGGAAAGAAAAAAGGCAAAGGCACAGCAACUUGAGGUUGAAAACCAGCAAUUGAAAGCCAAAGUGACAGAACUUUCGUUUCAAAAUAACCGUCUGGAAAUGAUGAUCUCACGGCUUCAAGGAGAUAACCAUUCGGUGAAUAAUCGAUUGGAAACUCAGUCAAAGACACUAGAUUGGGUUCAAGCUAAUUUGGAGUUUAUAAAUCAACUAACUGUAA